GCGGUGCUUCUUGAUUGGCCAAAUUCCCAAAUGAUCAUGAUCUUCAUAUCCCUCGGCCUCUCAUGUCUAUUUCUCUAGUACCCAGAUCCUUGUUUCGCAUUCUUUAUCUCUUCCCCACAAGCCCUUUUACUCUGAACCCUCAAUCGUUCAAUCCCUUGAAGUUCUCUGCAACUCGAGCUAUGAGUUCCGCGUCAACUCAGCGCCUUUUCCAGCUAAAAUUUGAUCCACUUACGGGUAACUCGGAGUGGGUAGUCAUAGAAGAAGAGGUUGACGGAGUUUCAGAGAAUACCCAGAAACCCAUUUUGGCGACAACUUCAUAUUUGGAUAUGCUUAAUGAUGCCACUAGAAACAGAGCGUUUCGCGAAGCCAUUGAUAAGACUAUAUCCAAACCUUGCCGUGUUCUUGAUAUUGGGUAUUUUUUUAGUCCUGUUUUGAGCCUUCUUGCUUUGAAGUCGAUGAAAAGAAGAUGUGCUGGAACUGGUUUGCUAUCAAUGAUGGCUGCACGGGCAAUGGACUCUGCCGUGGGUGAUUCCAUGGGAAUGGUUACGGCUUGUGAAUCCUAUCUUCCAAUGGUGAAGUUAAUGAAGAAAGUCUUGCGUCUUAAUGGGAUGGAAAGGAAAGUAAAAGUUAUUAACAAACGCUCUGAUGAACUCCAGUUUGAUUCUGAUAUCAUUUCUCGAGCUGAUGCCCUUGUUAGUGAGAUUUUGGACUCAGAACUGUUAGGCGAGGGGCUUAUACCGACGUUACAACAUGCACAUGACAAGCUUUUAGUGGAAAAUCCCUUGACUGUGCCGUAUAAAGCAACCAUAUACGGCCAGCUGGUUGAAAGCACAUACUUAUGGAAGCUUCAUGAUUUAUAUAACAAUGAAGCAAAAGCAUGUGAUGCCAUCCAUCUCGUUCCAGAAGGGAUGGAUCCUAUCAUAUGUGUUAAGCCACAGCAAUAUCCAAUGCAUUGUGAUGCAAUUGCCAAAGAAGUGAAGCUGCUCUCAGAACCCUUCAGGGUUUUUGAAUUUGAUUUUUGGAAACGUCCAGAGAGUCGUGCUGAAAAGGAGUUGCAUAUCAAAGCAACUGACGGUGGUAGAGUUCAUGCUUUAGUGUCAUGGUGGAUGCUGCAGCUCGAUCGUGAGGGAACCGUCUUCUAUUCCACUGCCCCGAAAUGGAUAUCCCCACCUUUCAACAUAGGAACUGAUGACUGGUGUGACCAUUGGAAACAGUGUGUUUGGUUUAUUCCAAACAAUGGUAUGUCAAUAUCCAAGGAUGAACAAGUUCAUAUUUGUGCUUCUCAUGAUGAAACUACCUUCUCAUAUCAUCUGAAAGCUCAAAUCCCAAGAGGUGAGGCUUUGCAGCAUGGCGACAAUGCUGAGAAUUUUAAACUCAUAUUGCCACCAGAGAGAAUUGCAGUCUAUGGAGAUAGAGAAUGGAGGCUGGCAAUGUUAACGGCAAUAACAAAUGCAUUGCAAGGAAGAUCUCCCUCUGCAUGCAUGAUUGCAGAUGAUAGUGUUUUCUUAACACUUAUGGUUGCUUGCCUUUCGAAACAAACGCUUGUAUUAUCACUGUUCCCGGGCAUUCGCGAAAAGGGUGCCAAGUAUUUGCAGGCUGUUUCGUAUGCCAACGGUAUCUCUAUGGAUAGUAUAAAAGUUAUUGAAAAGAGGAAGUCGUGCUUGACCGUCCACGAUACGUUUGAGAAAAAGGUUGACUUGCUUAUCAGUGAACCAUUCUACUAUGGUAAUGACAAUGCACUCCCAUGGCACAACCUGCGGUUUUGGAAGGAGCGAACGAUGCUCGAUUCGGUCCUAUCUGAUGAUGCGCUAAUAAUGCCAAGUAAAGGCAUAUUGCGAGCUUGUUUCAUGUCAUUGCCGGAUCUAUGGAGCAGCCGUCGUCGAUUGAGAACAAUCGAAGGCUUUGAUCACUCUGUUACAAAUGACACUUUAGGAGCUUGUGGUGAGUUACCUGAAGGACAAGAAGGCCCAUGCCUGGCUUUUUACAUUUGGCAGUGUGGAGAAUAUGAGGAACUCAGUGAGAUAUUUACAGUGAUGAAGUUCGAUUUCUCAAAACCAAUAAGCCCCUGUAGUGGGAAAAGCCAGGUUAAGGUAAGCAAGGCUGGAAUAUGUCAUGGAAUUGCACUGUGGAUUGAUUGGGUUAUGGAUUCAAAGAGCUCCAUUGUCAUAUCCACAGGCCCAGAUAAGAGAUACUGGAAACAAGGAGUUAAGCUUCUUGCCAACCCCGUGACAGUUGGAGCUCGAGGCUCCGCUGAUGGCGUCGAAUGCUGCUCUGCUGUCAUCGAAGCAUCCUUCGAUCCAUCAACGGGUGAACUCGACGUACAACAUUCUUUUUUGUAAUACAACGAAGCUUUUGGCUCUUGAUCUGAAACGGAUGACAAAAUGGUGACUGAAGAAAUUUUUGAAAUGGAUCAAAAUGGUAAUAUGUUGAAGAGGUAUGAAUUAAGUUGACUCU